AUGCUCAAAACAUUUGACCUAACACCAGCGUCUAUUGCUUUCUCUACGUGUAAUUUUACAUGUGAAAUUAUAGUGGAUACACCAAAACUAUGGGUACUUGAAGGAGCAAUGUCAAAUUGUGCUGUAGGCACUACUGAGACGUCAGUGGACUGUAUACGAGAUGGUAAUACUACUGUGAUGACUCUUGAUGCAGAUGCAUUGGGAGUUUUCAUGUCAGUGCACAACAGCUAUGACUUUCUGGUGGAUCAUGUGACGACAAGAUUUGGACCAGGCACGUUUACAGAGGACACGACCUUGUCAAUGAAAUUUGACGGCACUGGUUGCCUUGCAUCGGCAACUAGUGACACAGCAGACAGUAAACAACAAGCUUUUCAACUUGAUCUGACUUCGAACUCGUAUGAGCUCAUUGGCAUUUUCACGGAUACAGUGAUGACAGCAGAGAAUACUAUUAUUAUGAAAUCGACACCUGUGACGCUUAGUGUCACGAGUGGCGCCGUGCUGAGUGCGGGUGCGUUCUUCUUGCUGCGUGUAGCGAGCGACAGGGAAAAUGAGUUUGGAGAUUUGAUUCAGAAUGUGACCACAGCCUCAAUGUUGCUACCGGAUUCGGAAAGUUCCGAGCCCGUUGAUUUGGAGCUAUUCGUUGGUGCUUCCAACAUUUCAUUUACGAUCCCGGACUCGUUCACUGACAGUAUUCAGAAUGGCGACACGGUCGUCAUUACAUUUGGGACGUUCCUGAAUCCGGCCAAUAACUCGGUAGCUAUCGACAAACUAUACCUCUCAGCGUACCAAGGACUUGCGUCUGCUGUUGACAACUCACCGAUCGAAUUUUAUACACUGAAUGAUGCAAGUCGGUCACUUAAAGCGGCAUCGCUGGACAUAAUUACAGUCGUGGUAUACGGCGCAUGCUUUUUAUUCUCACUGGUGAUCAUCCGUUGGCAUGGUUUGCCAUUAACGGUGAAUACGCUGUGGACGGAUUUAGUGGCGAUCACAGCCUUGUUUUCGUUUGCUGCGGCGACGGGCGGGUAUCUUGUGUGGGUUAUCCAACCGUCGAAAGCUUACGUUCACUGGUACACUGCACAAUAUUUCUUCAACACGGCGAUGAUUUUGUCACUGUGCUUCCACUGGGCGACUGUGCUAUCGUUUAAGUGUUUCAAGAAAUUGACUUUCACAUCGCCUGUGGUGUUAGCGUACGUCUUGAUCAACGCCUGUGUCCUGGCUUUUAUUGUCGUGGUCUCAGCAAUGUCGGCAGACAAAUUGAAGUGUGUAUACGACGUGAAAUCUACGUCAUGUUCGUCUGAGGAGGAGUGUGCGCUAUCGAUUGCUGCCGAGGGUAAGAUCGUUCGAUCUGCCAUCGAAGAUUGUGAUAUGGAAGUAUUUUACUUGGCCUUUGGCAUGGGUUUUAUCAUUUACACGCUUAUGCUGAUGAUACUUGGUUGCAUGGUGAUGAGUCGUGGACGGACGCUUAUGCUAAACGAGGAUCCGUCCGACGCGAGGAUUCGUAAGUCUCUCACAAUUUUUUAUGCUAUCAUUGCUACGACAUGCGUACUUUACGUAUCGGCGCAGAUCAUCUAUAUUGCACAGUAUGUCUCGCACAAGGGCGAGGAUAAUCAGCUUUCGGAUUUGGUAUGGUAUAUUUUCAUCGUGUGGUUGCCACACAGCCUUCCGCCGCUAUUACUUCUCUUUUUGCAGUGGAAUCCAAGCACAGAGAGCUUCCGACAGGACGAGGCACCCUCGGUUGACCAAUCAUCUAAGGAGGAUGUAUUCAAUUACACUCCACGAUCGUCCGGAUCAUCAAGCCACAUGCCGUACUCGAAAUUGUUGCGCGAUCGUUUAAGCAUGGGAGACUCGAUGUUAAAUAGUGAUGAGCCUGGUAGUCGAUUGCGAAUCAUUGUUCGGCUCAAGCUACCUCCAACAUUUGACCGUGCGUGCUUUGUGUCGCUUGAUUUUUACUCGUCAAAGGAGACAAUUACAUCCACCAACACGCUUUACAACAUUUCCAACGCUGCUGCGUGGAAGUGUGUGGGUACAACCGAGCCGGUCGGUGUGGUAGGUGAAACAGAAUCUGUAGUGACGACAGGCUCAACACACACUAUCUUUCCUUUUGUUGCCGUACUAGAGGUGCCUGUAAUUGGCCCUGCUUCCAACACAUUGCUGCGCUUCAUGGUGCAUGCUAGUACACUUGGCAAACGUGAUACGUCUUCACCUUGCCUGGACCGUUCAAGCUCAAGUACACGCAGUCAAGACGCGACUUCGAACCCCCAAUUAUCGUUUCAGAUGACGAUGUUCCAUCCCGUGCUGGAGUUUGUUACCUCAUCUCAGGCUGUAUUAGACGCAGCAGCGAGUGGUCAUUCGCUAAAUAUUCACCCAUCGGACGAAAAUACGUGUGCUAUCUUGGAAGAGUUUCCCUCAUUGCAGAGUGAAAUUAACACUAUGUUGAUGGGCAACACGAAGAAUGCGGAGUUGAGUGUGCAGACUGUCAUGAUGCCUGGCGACACCAACCGUGACGAUGCUGCAUCCCACAAGAACAUUGGUAAUAUUAUCCGAUUCUUUCAGUACGACACGGAGGAUGGCGGUGGUGGUCUUGUUGUUGAGGACCUGCAGGAGAGUAUUUACUCGAAUGCGAUUCCACGCCAGUUGAUGGAGUUGAUUGCAGCUGAGCGUCAGGAGCAGGCUGAUCGUGCACGUGAAGACUUGCACAGCUUCCUUAGUCAAAAGAAGGGAAAGCACAAUAUGGGUUUCUAUGGUACAUUAAUCGGUCAGAUCCAAGACGAUACUGACUCUUCGCUUGCUCGCGAGUGGCUUGAGGAUCGUGUCCGACGACGCAAAGAAUAUGUGGCAAUGCUGCGUCGAAACAUCCAGUACUUGGUAAAUCGUGACAAGCACAAGCACUAUUUCAAGGCCAGUGUAGAAAAGAAGUCAUCUGACCUUCGGUUUGUGCCGGUCAAUAUGCACAUCCAAGACCUACUCAUUGGACCAACGAAUGCGUUCAUUAAUGAUGAAAGGAGGAGAUCUUCGAAGGAGGUUUCUGCAUACGAUUUUACGACUGUUGGUGCUCCGGCAGCACAUGUAUACAAGUUCAACAAGGGUGGUAUCCUGUCAUACCAGAACAGACGGAAGAAAAUGGAGGCCAAAAUUGCGGAUGCUGAUUUGGAUUUAUCCAAGUGGCCCGAGGAAGUGCGUGAAUACGAUGAUCUGAAAUGGGAUUUGCAACUCCGAAUGGACUGUGCGUUUGCUCAAGCUUUGGCAGCACUCACUUGUAGCUUUGUGCGAAAGGUGGAAGUUGCAAUUCAAAACCCUGACGUUGUCCGAGGCGAAGAUAUCUUGCGCCAGUUUUCCAGUCUUGGCUUUCUGUUCCAGGUUGAAUCGCUGCUGUCUACGCAUGGCAAGGAAAUUGGCAUGUUGGAAGACAUGGCAGGUUCUGUAGAGCACCUGAGCUGUGUGGCGUUUGUACUCCAAGAUGUCCGCGAUAAGCCUAUCAAUCGUUUCUCGUUCCGUAUGUCACGGCGCAAGGAUGUUGCCGAUGAGGCUGGUGUCGUGAAGGUAACAGUUUCAAAUAAGACGGGAACAAAGCGGUCUCAUGUCAAGUACAUCGUGACGGUCCAGGUCGCCACUAGCGAAGUGGAACUUCCUGAGCGCUUGGCCUCUGGUGGCGAGAUCCAAGUGACACCUGUGCUGUUUUCACAGGGCAUUAACGAAAUGCAAACGAUUGCCAACAAUACUGAACGAGCAAAGACGGAAUUACAGGACAUCAUCAAUUUCCGCAGUCUAAAGCCACUGAAAGCCUUCUGCGAGAAGUAUCGUCGUCUUGUAGUUGCCAUGCCUCCUAACGGCUUGGGUGGUAUGUCUGCAGGUCGUAUUCGUGCUGGAUCUCACCGCUACAAGGCUAUGUCUGUUGACUCGACAGUUACAUCGCCUUUGCAUCUCACACAAGACGAGGUAACGCAGGAACUGCGUGCACUCGAAACAUGCAUUAACGAAGCGGCACAGAGUUUGGUAAAGACGAAACGUACGGAGAUUCUAAAACGAUCAUCGGACCUAUGUCGGGAGCUUGGAGGUGGACGUGUCACGGUAUGCAAAAGUGCCAAAGAUCGUACAGCCAUGUCAGUGACGUUAGAGCAAGUGCGUAUCCUCCAGCGUCAUCAUGAUUUGCCAGCUCAUCGUGUUCCAGCUACUGUUUCCGUUAUGCGAAGUCACGGUGUUCGUAUUGAAAAUGCACUCAAGAAUACGGGCAAGCGUCAGUUUGCUUUCAAUAAACUGCAGCGCUCUCUAUUGCCUGAAGAAUAUCGCUGUCCUGAUCAAGUGGGUGGCACGGGCAACGUCAGUUGA